ACAAGACCAAAUGGAUAAGAUUUUCAAGAUAUUUUAGAACCAAAAAGUCCCUAAAGAGAUAUUUCAUGCUCCCAUACCAAAAUAUCUGCCACACACACCAAACUUAAAAACCUCUUCAUUGCACACAAAAUACACAAAACUAGAAAAUAAAAAAAAAUCAAGCAUAUAUAAUUCACAUAAAGCUUAGAAAAGAGAAGAAGGUGAAGAAAGAAAUAAUGGAGGAGAUUAGAAGACCAAACAGAAGUGACACUCAUCUCUCAGCUGAAGAAGAAGCAAACAUUGAAGCAAAAACAAGACACCAUUUUGAUGAAGUGGCACCAAAACGACACACAAAACCUCAACGCAGUGACUAUGCUUCUCAAUAUGUGGAUAGUAAUGUCUCAGAUAAUUCUGUACCAGAAUUGUUACAAUUCCAACGCCUUGAGAAUGAUCCUAGUGAGAAGAAAUUGGUUUACAAUGGAAAUGAAGUGGCGGAAGAAUUCGUGGAAACAGAGUAUUACAAAGAUCUCAACAGCGUAGACAAACAUCAUCACACGACAGGAAAAGGGUUCAUUCAAGUAGAAAAAAGUGACACAAGCUUCCACAUAGAACCAGAUAACGACACUCAUGACAACCAUCACUCUACUAAGGGCAAUCCAGCAACCAAUGACUGGGUUCCUGCUCCUUUCAUUGAGGAGGAUUCCAAUUCAGACAAACCUAACAGGAGUGAGAGCUGAAAUGGAAGUGAUUCCUGUUUGCUUGUAUGAAGACAAUUUCCAUUUAAGAUUGUGGGGUAUUUUAAGAAGUAUUUAAGUUGUAAACCAAAUAUUGUGGGGGUAUUUUAAGAAGUAUUUAAGUUGUAAACCAAAUAUUAAAUAAAAUAUUUGUGAUUUUGGUUGAA